AUGGCAGCCACCACUUCGCUGCUGACGCUGCUGCUGACGCUUCUCGCCUGCAGCGCCGCUGUAUUGGCAGCCGAGGCCGAGACAGACCCGGUCUCUUUCUUCUAUUCGCGCCCAGACAUCAAGCCACCGGACAUUAACAUCGACGUGUACGACCCCGACGCCGUGUCUGACGGUUACAUCUUUGUAUCACCAUGGCGCCUCUCUGAAGAAGGUCCAGAUCGUGGACCUUACAUAUACGACAAUGCGGGGGACCUGGUAUGGGCCGGCGCUGCUGACUUCGGCCCUGUGACUGUCCACCACCCGCAUGUCUGCCAGUACAAGGGCCGCGACCACCUGUGUAUGUUCUUCUGCUUCUUCCAAGGCACUACGAACCCAGGCUUCGGUCGUGGCAUGGGCGCCAUUCUGGAUGAGUCGUAUCGCGUAGUCAAGACGGUCCAGGCAACUGGAUCAGUGCCUGCCUCGGACAUGCACGAGUUCAACUUGGUCGAUGGUGGCAGAGGAGCGAUUCUCAACGUCCUGUCGCCACGCCAGUACGACUUGUCGCCGUUUGGCCAAUCUUCUGGCAUGGGCUGGAUCAUCGAGUCCAUCUUCCAAGAAGUCCGCGUCGAGACUGGGGAACUGCUCUUCGAGUGGCGGAGCCUGGAUCAUGAAGAGACCUCGCCCAAGAACAGCCCGCUGCCUCUCAACGGCAACUUUGUCGCCGGCGAUGGCAGCAAUCCCGACAAGCCGUGGGACUACUUCCACACGAACUCGAUCGACAAGAGCCGGGGCGGCGACUACCUGAUCUCAGCCCGCCACUUCAGCACCCUCUACAAGAUAUCCGGCAAGACGGGCAAGGUCGUCUGGGAGCUGCGGGGCCUGGAAAACGAGCCCUACGCCAAGGACUUCAACUUCUCCAGCCAGCACGACGCGCGCUGGGUGUCGGACAACGCGACGCACAGCGUCAUCACCGUCUUCGACAACGCGUGGGACGGCAUGACGACCACGAACGCCUACUCGCGCGGCCUCAUCAUCGUGCUCGACCACGCCGCCAAAACGGCCAAGCUCUUCGGCGAGUACGUCUACGACGACGGCGAGCUCCUCGCGCACUCGCAGGGCAGCAUGUCCAUCAUGCCCGACAACGACAACGCCUUCGUCGGCUGGGGCGCCGUCCCCUUCUUCUCCGAGUUCACCAAGGACGGCGCCCCCGUGCUGCGCGGCCAGGUCGGCCGCAACGGCUCCGAAGUCAUGGUCUACCGCUCGCGCAAGCACACGUGGACGGGCGUGCCCAGCGCCGCGCCGACGCUGUGGACGUACUCCAAGGACGGUGUCAACGACACCGUCUUCUACGUCUCCUGGAACGGCGCCACCACCGUCGCCAGCUGGAAGUUCUACGCGGCGCGCGAGCCCGCCGGCCCGUGGAGCCUCGUCGGCGCCGCGAACAAGACGGGCUUCGAGACGCGGCUGCGCGCCGAGAACUACACGCAGUGGUCGUACGCUGAGGCCAUCGAUGCCGACGGCGUGCUGCUGCGCCGCAGUGCGAUUGUCAGCACCUUCGUGCCGUCGGAGCAGCUGCGUCCGUUCUGCGGCGACCUGGCGUGCAUCACGCAGAAUGUGUCGAAUCGCGAUAUCCUGCCGCUGCCGCCGGCGGUUGAGGCGCAGCAUCCGGAUCAGUUCGUCUUCAAUGCUGGGUUUGACGGGAAGAGGCAUUACCCCCCGCAGCCUGGAAGGCCGAAGAUCUCUCUCACGGCGCAGGUGCUGCCGCCUGUGUUGCUAGGCUUCGCGGGUUUCUUUAUUGUGUUCUUGUUUUGGUUGACGCCGAAGUUGGAUGCGAAGUGCUUUGGGAGGUCGAAGGGCUACAAGAGGGUGCAGGAUCAGGGAAGCGAUCCGGGUACGCCGGGGUUCAGUGAGAUUCAGGAGAGGAGGCAGCAGCCGGAAAGCCCGGAGAUGGCUGUGUUGGAUACAGAUGAGGAGAGUGAGGGGGAAGAGAAUGAAACCGAUCGCUUGACGGGAAAGUCUGGAGAGAGUCAUUGA